AUGGUUUUAGCAGACUUAGGAAGACGAAUCAAUGGUGCCAUUUCAGACAUCACCAAGUCUGAUGUGGUCGAUGAAAAUGCCAUCAAUUUGAUGUUGAAGGAGAUUUGUAAUGCCCUUCUUGAAGCCGAUGUCAACUUUAGAUUAGUGGCGAAAUUACGUGAACGGAUAAAGACUCAAAUAUCAAGCCAGGAGAAUAUUACUGGAGGAAAUAAGAAAAGAUUGAUUCAAAAAACCGUUUUCGAUGAACUUGUGGCGCUUGUAGAUUGUCAAACUGAAGCGUACAAGCCAAAGAAGCACCAAACUAACGUGAUUAUGUUUGUUGGGUUGCAAGGGGCUGGUAAGACCACAACCUGUACCAAAUUGGCGACUUAUUACCAAAGAAGAGGGUACAAAACAGGGAUGGUUUGUGCCGAUACUUUUCGUGCGGGGGCGUUCGAUCAAUUGAAACAAAAUGCCACUAAGGCCAAGAUUCCAUUCUUUGGGUCGUAUACCGAAACCGAUCCAGUUAAGGUGGCGAAAUCCGGGGUGGAUAAGUUCAGAAAAGAGAAGUUUGAGAUCAUCAUUGUCGAUACCUCUGGUCGUCAUAGACAAGAACAAGAUUUGUUUGAUGAAAUGGUGCAAAUCGGUAAUGCCGUCAACCCAAAUCAAACCAUCAUGGUUCUUGAUGGGGCAAUUGGUCAAGCUGCCGAAGCACAAAGUAAAGCCUUCAAGGAGGCUGCGGACUUUGGUUCGAUCAUUUUGACCAAGAUGGAUGGCCAUGCUAAAGGUGGUGGGGCGAUUUCCGCGGUAGCCGCCACCAACACCCCGAUCGUUUUCAUUGGUACCGGGGAACACAUUACUGAUUUCGAAACGUUUUCGCCAAAAUCAUUUAUUUCUAAACUUUUGGGGAUUGGUGAUAUCCAAGGGCUUAUGGAACACGUCAAGUCUCUUAAUUUAGACCAAAAGGACACAAUAAAGAAUUUCCAAGAAGGGAAGUUUACCCUCAGGGAUUUUCAAACACAAAUGGGCAACAUGAUGAAGAUGGGACCACUUUCGAAAAUUGCUUCGAUGAUUCCUGGGAUGUCCAAUCUUAUGAGUGGGGUGAGUGAGGAAGACGCUUCGUAUAAAUUGAAAAGAAUGGUGUUUAUAAUGGAUUCGAUGACCAAAAAAGAAUUGGACAGUAAUGGGGAUAUCUUUGUUGAUGAACCAGCAAGAAUUGUCAGAGUCGCGAGAGGGUCUGGUACUUCUGUCACUGAUGUGGAAUUGGUGUUAUUGCAACUGAAGACGAUGUCGAAGUUGGCUAAAGGAUCAAAGAAUAUGAUGGAUAUGCAAAAACAAGGCGGGGGCAUGCCUGGAGGACGUGGAGGUAUGGCCAACAUGUUUAACCCAGCCAAUAUUAACAGAGCUAUGGGUGCCAUGCAACAGAAUCCAGGGAUGAUGCAGAACAUGAUGAACAUGUUUGGCGGUGGUGGCGGUGGUGGUAUGCCAGGAAUGCCAAAUAUGGGUGAUAUGAUGAAGAUGAUGGGCCAGGGUGGUGGUAUGCCAGGGAUGCCAGGGAUGCCAGAUCCUGCCGAAGUCCAAAAAAUGAUGAGACAGAAUCCUCAGAUGAUGCAAAACAUGAUGAAGCAGUUUGGUCUCUCAUGA